CUAAUGCUAUUAAAAAGUUACCUAUUCAAGGAAUGCAAAAAUUUCGACAACAUAGUAUUAAUGUAUUUAAUAAAUAUUGGGAAAAAUUUGAUCCAAAUAUUUAUAUAUUAGCAUAUUUUUUACAUCCAGCUUUUUGUGUUGAUCCUUAUGAUCAAGAGUUUGACAAACAAAUUGAAACACCAAUGAGUUGGUGGCUUUCAAUAAAGGAUAAAUAUAAUCAUCUUUGUGAAUUAGCAAUUAUGAUAUUUUCUAUUACCCCUCAUAGUGUAGGAUGUAAAAAAGACGGCAACGUUUAG